AUGGGGACGUACCUCAGCACGCCCAAGACGGAGAAGCAGACCGCGGACGGCGAGGGCACCCGCGUCCGCUACGGCCUCGCCUCCAUGCAGGGAUGGCGGACCACCAUGGAGGACGCCCAUACUGCUGUGCCACAGCUUGAUGAACGCACAUCCUUUUUUGCCGUUUUUGAUGGCCAUGGAGGGAAAGCGGUUGCUAAAUUCUGCGCCAAACAUCUACACAUGCAAUUCUUAAGAAGUGCGGCAUAUUGUUCUGGUGAUUUAGCUUCUUCUGCUCGGAAAGCCUUCUUGAGAAUGGACGAGAUGAUGAAAGGGCAAAGGGGAUGGAGAGAACUGGCUGAGCUGGGAGAAAAGGGGCCAAAGUUUGCUGGAGUGCUGGAGAGUAUAAUUUGGUCUCCCAAAGCUGGAGAUGCAGAAAAACUUGGGGACGGAUGGCACUCGGAGGAGGGUCCUCAUUCAGAUUUUUCUGGGCCAACAUGUGGAAGCACAGCGUGUGUGGCUAUCAUAAGAAAUGAUCAACUGGUUGUUGCAAAUGCCGGGGAUUCCCGGUGUGUUAUCUCAAGGAAGGGUCAGGCUCGCGAUUUGUCACGAGAUCACAAGCCAGAACUUCAGUCAGAAAAAGAGAGGAUUGAGAAUGCUGGUGGUUACAUUGUUGCUGGGCGGGUCAAUGGAAGUUUGAACUUGACAAGAGCAAUUGGGGACAUGGAGAUGAAAGAAAAUAAGCUUUUACCAGCCGAGAAACAGACUGUCUCAGCUGAACCUGAAGUGAACACAGUUACACUUUCUGAGGAUGAUGAGUUCAUUGUUUUGGCCUGUGAUGGUAUAUGGGACUGCAUGUCAAGUCAACAAGUAGUGGACUUUGUGCGCGAAAAGUUGAAGACUGAGGAUAGUCUAUCUGCUGUGUGUGAGAAAGUGCUUGACCGGUGCUUGGCGCCUGAGAGUGGCGGGGAGGGUUGUGACAACAUGACGAUGAUCUUGGUUGUGCUCAAGAAGCCUACCGAGUUGGCCGCUACUUCUAGCUCGGAGCAAUCUCCGGUCAUGCCUACCAAGUCGGCUGCAGCUACUUCUAGCUCGGAGCAAUCUGCAGUCACCAACGAAGAGAUGCGGCCAGAAUCUGAGCCCCUCCCCUGUCCCCUUUGUGAACAGCGAGCCUGA